GGAUGCAGCCGGCGGCGUAAAACCUUGCCCCUUCACCCCCUCCCGCACCCCUGGGGCUUUCGGCUCGCUGCCUGGCGGCUUCUCAGGGGCGUCUCGUCUUUUCGCAGGCAAGAACCUCCCUCCGCUCGCCCCGAGGUGCGGGAGCGGGAAAGCCGCGAGACACUAUUGUCCCUCCGAAGGAGCCGCGCUGAGCCCCCCGCUAGUCUUUCUAAGGCUUGUCCAAACCCUCGCCGAGCGAGACCCCGACGAGGUAGCCGUGUCCCCUCCCUCCCAUCCCCUUGACAGGGGAUAAACGCUAGCGUGCGGUGCUACCGCACUCGCCUCACCCUGAUCCGCCGCCUGUUUCUGGGCUUGCAGAACACUCUCACUACGCAGGUUUUAAGGACCCCAUCAAAACUUCUCGCUGACCCGGGACACCCCUUGGUGGCACCGGGAGCUGCAUGCUGGAGUGUCCGCCGUCGGGGCUUGGGGGGAGAGGGGGACCCCGGAGCGGAUGGGGUCCCCUCGGGCUGCCUGUCAAGCGGCUCUUUGCCGUGAGAGCUCCUCGUGUCUGCGUGAAUACGCGUGUAAUUGGGUGCUCUUGCAGCUCGGAUUUCAUUUGGAUUAAUUAGGUAGGGGAUCUGCGUGAAAUAUUAGCACCUAUUUAACAUGCAUUGGCAGAGAGCAUUGAAAUUACGCUUCAGGCUUGAAUUUUAUCUACAUUUCUGUGUCUCUUUGCAAGUAACAGUAAAGAGCUGCUGCCUCGCAGUACUCAGUUGCUCUCUUCUGGGAGUUCAAGUGUUAGUCUCCUCGAAAGAGCAGCUGAAAGGACAGGAAGGUCUGAGGACUAUGAAGGCAACGUCAAUGCCUUCCUCUCUGGACUGCCGGCUGCAAACGUCCUAAUGCAGUGAUUCACGAAGUAGAAAUCAAAAGAUGCAGAGACAGGGGGGGAAGAAGUCCUUCGAAAAUUGAGAAAUGGGAGAGUAAGGAAGGGCAAGUUCUCAAGAAGCAAGCUAAGUUUGCCCAAGAGAAGAAGAGGCAAAAGAGGAAGGAAAGGAAAAAGAGGGGGAGUUAAGAAACAGAAGUUUUAAAAAGCAAAUGGGUGACAGAAAAAGCGUGUGUGGAGGGAGAACUGAGAGGGAGAUACUGUGGUCUAAGGAAGGAGAUGGGGUGGGGCUUGGGGCAUGGGACGCUUGGAAAUUACAGGAAUUUAAUCUCAUCAGGACUCAAGAGUAGGAUAGCAAAGAUGCAGAACAUUACUUUUUCCAUGUGGGAAAGCCAGCUGCCAGGGCUUUGACCACCAAGUGUUUUCAGCUGUGGGAGCAAAAUGGAAAAUCAGGUUAAUCUGAUGUUUUGCUGACAUUUUGUAACAAGCAGCUUGUUUGUCUCCUUUUUUUAUUUAUUUUUAUUUUUAGGGGAGUAGGAGAGAGGUGAAAACAGCUCUGAAAGAUCAGGGAAAAUUAAAGUAAACCUCAAUGAAGUUGAUUUGUUACCCUUUGAAAUACCCAAGUCUGUUGCUGUAGAAAAGAAAAAAAAAGGAAAAUAAUGUGAUUUAGCUGCUAGCACAGAGGGAGUCUUUGUUUUCUUCCCUUAUACUAUUUUAGGUUCAAUUCACCAGCCUAAAAGUGCACGAAAUUUUCACAUGGCAGUUUGCUGGUAACAGUUUCAUGGAGUUACUUUUACCUCUCAGUCUCUUAAUGUGGCAUCUCCCCCCACAUCACCCUGCUUCUGGCCGUUCUUAGCAAGCAGCCACCUCAAGAGCCUCCCACAGAUCCGUAUUUUAAACUCUACUUCCCUAGUGUGGGCUCUCUGUUGAGAGCACUGUGAUUAAACUGUGCACCCAGAAGAUGAAAUCAUAUAAUGUUUGUACAGGCGCUUAUUCAGAGCAGAAUUUGCACUGGAGUAUUUUGUACCUACCAGCAGCUAACUCUGUUGCUCCUGCAACAUCCAAGGCCACAUAAGGAGGGACAUCUUCCAACUAUGGCUGCAGAGCAAAAAGACAAUUACAGGAAAUUUUGCCAAUGUUAUUCAUGGUUUGAAUGCAAACCACUUGACAGACCAAGUCAUUCAGAGAAGCAAGCGAAUGAUUCUCGAUACUCUUGGAGUGGGGCUUCUGGGUACCAACACUGAGGUCUGCCACAAAGUGACACAAUACAGCAAGAUCUACAGCUCAGAUAUAUCCAGUACCAUCUGGGGCCACUUGGAUUUCCGACUGCCUCCUCUGUAUGCAGCUUUUGUGAAUGGAGUGGCUGUGCACUCAAUGGAUUUUGACGACACAUGGCAUCCUGCCACGCACCCAUCUGGGGCUGUGCUUCCUGCUGUGAUUGCACUCUCAGAGGCCUUUCCUCAGAAGAAAAAAAUCUCAGGUCUUGAUCUGCUCUUAGCUUUCAAUGUGGGAAUCGAAGUGCAAGGCCGGCUGCUGCGCUUUUCCAGUGAAGCCAGGAAUAUCCCCAAAAGGUUUCACCCACCUACUGUGGUUGGUACAAUGGGGAGUGCAGCAGCUUGUGCUAAACUGCUAGCUCUUGAUCAACUGCAAUGUAAAAACACCUUGGCUAUCGCUGCCUCCUAUGCAGGUGCCCCACUGGCUAAUGCAGCAACCCAAACGAAGCCCCUCCAUGUUGGCAAUGCUGCCAAGCAUGGACUGGAAGCAGCUUGCUUAGCAUCACAGGGCCUUCAAGGAAACAAGCAGAUCUUGGAUAUGGAGUCCGGAAUAGGUGCCUUUUAUACAGAUUACAACCCACAGACUCUGCCAACCUUGCAGUCCUAUCCGUGGCUGUUGGACCAGCAAGAUGUCGCCAUUAAACGCUUUCCUGCUCACCUUGGAACACACUGGGUGGCUGAUGCAGCAUCUUCUGUUAGGAGGAAGCUUGUGGAGAGCAGCAACUUGCUCCCCCUUCAUAAAAUUGAGAAAGUCAUUCUCAGAGUCCCAGACGUCAAAUACGUGAACAGAGCCAGCCCUACCUCAGAGCACGAAGCUCGACACUCCUUCCAGUUUGUUGCGUGCUCUGCUUUGCUGGACGGCAGCAUGUCGGUCCAGUCCUUCACCAGUGAGAACAUUCACCGUCCGGCCUUGAGGGAGCUCCUCUGCAAAACACAACUGGAGCACCCUCCUGAUAACACACCUAGCUUUGAGAGUCUUUACUGCGAAGUGAGCGUCAUGCUUCAGGAUGGCAACAUGAUCAGCGACCGCUGUGACACGUUCUAUGGGCACUGGAGGAAACCCCUGAAAAAGGAGGACUUGGAGAAAAAAUUUCAAUCCAAUGUCUCCAGCAUCCUGCCUGCAGAAGCCACAGAAGGCAUCAUAGAGACCGUGUACAAUCUGGAAAAAGUAGAGGACUGUUCUGUGUUAAGUACAUUUUUAUCAGGACAGUCAGCUAGAGCUCUUCUGGAGAAGCUGCGCUUCCUUUAGCUGCUUGAGCCAACAGCAAGACUGUUCACAAGGCAAACACAAAACUCAGGACAAACUCUUAUUUAGUGACUCAAGCACUUUUGAACAGGACUCCUGUAACCCAAGAGCCACACUUAGUCAAAUACCAUGGGUUUUGACUAAGUAAGUAAUUUAGUGAUUAUGUACACAGCUCUGGCUGAAUAGAAGAUCCUCUGCUGGCAUGAUCAGUGGCACUUCCAUUAUCUUUAUACCUCUAGAGGCAGAGCACUGCUUGUGCAUGACACAAAAACAUGCCAGCUCUGCUGCCAAAAGUGUCUGUAUAUUCUGCUUCUGCUAAGUAAAUCCAUAAAAGAAAUUCUGGAGUAUAGAAAUGCUGUGUCCAUGAGAAACAUCCCUGAGAAGGACAGAGAAUAAAAGCCUUUAUAUAUUUAUUUCUGUAGAUUUCGCUCUAAAUCCUCCUUGAAAAAGCCACCAGUUACAUCUGAACUUUGAUGUUUGUGCUAGAAUAAACACAGCACACAUAGAAAGUAGUAGCACUCAAUGCUCUGCAACAUGUCAGGAAUCACAGGUAAAGGUUAGUGCCCUCCCUGACCAUGCCAGCUGCUGAGCAAGAGGCACAACUCAAUGCUCCCCAUCACAAAGGCAUUAUUUCCUAGUCCCAUCUUUUGGCUGCUCUGUGGUACAGGUUUGUUCCUGCUGUAUUCCCACUCCAGGCCCUUGAUCAUGAUUAGCACUAGUGAUGAUGACAUGUUUAGAUUGCUUCAGGCACUGCAAAGCAUGGACUGCAGUACAUUUGCUGUGAGUAGUGAAAGAGAUCUGCAAGCAUCAUACCACUUCUUAUGCUGAGACAAUUAAGUGUCUACAGUGACUCUCAGCUUACCUUAAACAAAUUCUGGGAAUUUCUAGUUCCUUCAGGAGUACAACACCGUGCCAUAUUGUGCUUAUUAGAGAGGCUGGCCACCUUUGUUCACAUUUGUGAGAUCAAAGCACGUGUUCUAGCAUAUGUGAAGUGUACCUUCCUUAGGGCAAUAAACUAUGUAUAAAAAAAAUCAUAAUAUAAAGCUAUUUCAUUUUACCAACUGAA